AUCUCCAUCAAUCAGGGACUGCUGUUUCUCCUCUGAGGAAUGUCCCCACGGUCGUCCAGCCGCCUGACCAUGCAUGAGAGGCCGGGCAUGAAGUGCAAGCCCGUCCAAUGAUUAUGCAGGGGAAAGGUGAUAAUGACUUCCUAUCAAGAGUUAACGGCCGAAGGGGAGAAUAGCCCUCUGUUAACGGGCUGCUGCCGAGCAAAAGAGGUCAUAAACCAGGACCUGGGCAGCAGGUCUCAUCCUGAACUCGGUGGUCGUGAUGAGGAGGGGAAAGUGGAGGUGGAAGUUGCCUCGGGAUUUUAUUCUCCGCGUCUGACUUUGUGCACCUCUUCGAACAGCUCUCCUCCUCCUCCAGGGUUUGAGACUCUGGAGGGAUUCUCGACACUGGCCUGCCCCCACUCGUCCCGUGUCCCCUGGCGGUGCAGGGCGCAGGGGCAGGGCUCUCCAGGACGUGGAUACUGCGCGUCAAAUAAAGAGAAGCCACAGCGCUUUGGGUCACUUACGGAGGAAAUUCAAAUUUACCCUCACAAUAUCCCCGAGAUUCACGUCGCCAUGGGACGCUCCACGAGCCCGGACUGUAAAGGAGCUGAUACGGAUGAAAGGAGUAAAACUUUUGAGUGGAUGAGAGUAAAGAGGAGUCAGCACCGGGCGGCCAGGACGCGCAUGACCUGUGGGUUCAGUAUUGUUGACUCGGGCCUCGGUGUGGUGGAGGCUGGAAACCGCAGCAUCUGCGCGGACGGCCAUCCCACGGUGAACGGGCCCCCGAGGAUCAGUUACAGCACCAAGCAGCUGACCGAGCUGGAGAAGGAGUUCCACUUCAACAAGUACCUGACGCGGGCCAGGCGGGUGGAGGUCGCCGGCGCCCUGCAGCUUAGCGAGACCCAGGUGAAAGUUUGGUUUCAGAACAGACGCAUGAAGGAGAAGAAAUUACAGAGGGACGGGCUACUCUCCGACCCGAGGCCCGCGGCUCCGCACUCACACGCCGACACUUUGGACACCUGCCCCUUCCACGGACCGACCUAGCCGAGAAAAAAAAGAACAAAAAAAAAAAAAAAUCAAAACAAACAAACACCUGUCCCUGAACUCCUGAACUGCAUCGUGCGUUACACGGCAAGCCUGCAAAUGUUUUGAUUGGCGUUUGCAUCGUUUUCAAUCAGCCUUCACCUUUAUUUGCUUACAACGAUGGAUGCUUAACGCAAGAAGCGCAAAGGCAAGUUUCUUCAUGCAAGAACGGGCCGAGACGAUUUGUCAUUCUCCCCGGCUUCAGACUGGUGCUCUGAUUUGAAUAUUAAAAUUCAACUCAUCCCAUUGCGCUCCUAUCUACACAAUGUAAACGAAGAUACAAACUCAUAUUAAUUGCCCAUAGAAACUGUGGAAGUCCAUUUGCGUAUUUUCUUUUUGUGUUUUUUUGUUUCUUUUUGUGUUUUUGUUUUUUACUUUUUUGGACAAUUUAUUCGGCAAACCUGAACACAUUUAUUUAACUUUGCUCCCCAGUUUCUAUUUAAAAUGUAUUAUUUUUAUUUAUUGAAGAACUACUUAUGAUGAUUAUUUAUUUUGAUAUUUUUACAGCAUUUAUUCACAUUAUUCCAUCAAAUUAACUAGCUGCCCUCUCAGACAAAUUAAAGUCCACAAUUAUGGAGAUUUCCUUUUUCCGUUUAAGCUGUUUGCUUCUGACGGUUCACAUUUGAGGACAGGGGGAGAUGCACCUGUUGUAGGCAGAGCCCACGCGUUGUGUUACCAAAUAGUUAUCAAGCUAAUUUAGCUUCGCUUUGAAUCCUGCCUUCGUGUCGUGUGUUUUAUCCACUCCCACGGUUUCCUUUAUCCACGGAACGAUUAAAAUGCCAUGAUUGAUGGAGAGAUUUAUUGACGGGCUCGUAUUGGAGUAUUGAUCCGUGGUGAUCCAUCCAUUUGAGGCACAAAUAUGGGAGCAUUUGCAUGCAUGUGUAACUGCAUGUUAAUGGAAUGUAGAAACGUCACGAUCGGGAGCUGUUGCGUCUUUUAUUGCUUCUAUAUAUGCAUCAGAAAAUGAUAAUUUAGCUGAAAGACUCAUGCGGGAGAAGAGACAAUAAAAGGGUGCCUGUGCUGUUUUGCAGAUCAACCAAUAAACUGUGUGGCCCCAGCAGUUUGAGCAGCUAAAUAUUCCUUCCAGAUUCACAUCUCAUCUCAUAUAAAGUAAAUGAUGGUAAACACGGCCCUUAAACACUGUUAUGUUUCCGGUAUCACACUGCGUUUCUAUCAUGUUAAUGUCUACUUUAAUAUCAAGAUAUGGGCCAUCAGGCACAUUAAUUCUGUGUAAGGGAAUAUUUUUGUUUAGCUUUCAAUUAGCGUGUUUGCACUGGAUAUGAAGGUUACUGGAUCCAAAACGGAUAUUAAUCAUAACAAAGGAAUUAAACUUGAGUGUUGGAGAUUAGAAAUAAAGUGCUAGGAUAAAAGAUGAAGAAGAAGAGGAGGAAGAGGAGGAAGAAAUUGGGUCGGUUUCAAACCUCUGACAAGUGUUCUCGUUUGAAUUUGUCAUGUAAGUAAAAUGCUACUGGUAAUCCUCAUUUAAAGUAAUACAAUUGCGCCUUUGUAGGGCACAAGAGUAGACAUGGAGGCUGCAAGGCCAAGCUAAUAUAUGCAGUUACACCAGAGUUCACCUCUCACCUCCUGACCUUUGCCUUGCCUCGGAACAACGAUGACCCGGUCAGCGGCUCAGAGAGAGCAAGAUGCACCAUUAAUUUGGGUGACCUCGAAGUCUGAGCUUUUCUCUUCUUUUCUUUCGUUUUCUCUUCUUUUUUUUCAACAAGCAACUCCAAAUGCUUUUGUUCUGGUGUGGGGUGUGUGUGUCCACACAACAAUAUUUCAUCGAGCUGAAUAGAAGGGCGAGCAGGCCAUAUGAUAAUUGUUCAUAUUAUAAUUCCAUACCAGGCCAGAUAAUGGAUUUUUUUUCCUCCUACACCUAGAGGUAACCUAAUUUUUGCCCCGUCUCUUAUUUUAAUAAGCCAAAAAAAUAUGCUACUGGCUCAGUUUAUAAACCGGAUGAAAGAGUCUUUUCGCCCAAUAAGUUUUGGGAUAUAAACUACAGACCUAUUUUUAAUAGCAAAGUUGAAACAUUAGAGUUACUUGAGCAUGCUCAACAGUUAAUAUGAUUCCAUGUCAGAGCCAGCAUAAACAAUAUUUGGAACAACUAUUCAUUAGAAGUUUGCAGUUUAUAUAUUUUAUGCAUAUGUGCUUGAAGAAUUAAAAAAAAAAAAAAAACUACACACACCUAUUUUUCUCCAAGCCCCCAAACAAUAUGUUUUUAAUGUGCAUCUCAUUAGUGAAAGCCAGAAAAGUUGAAGAAGUUUAAAGUUAAAGAAGAGGAGCCGACUUUACAAACAUUUAAAAGUUAUCUUUUCUUUUGUCUUUUUUUUUUCUUUUUUCGGAAUUGAUAUGAAUGAUUUUACAUGCAAGCAGGGCCAAAAUAUGUUGAGCCCAAUUUAUUUUGAAUUUGCAUUUAAACAAAACACACACCAUUAAGGCUGCCUUUCUCUAAACAAAAUAGCACAAAUUGGAAUGUUUAACAAAACCAUCAAAUGUGUUUGUCUCGUUAAUGCAAAGUGCACGCAUGUGAAGGUCACAGGGAUAAUGAUGGGCACAGCGAUGUUGGAAUCAUGUCAGUUUAAAGCCAGCAACUAUAAAAAUGUCCACUGUUAUUACAGGGAUGUGUUGUUUAUGUUGACCUUUUUAGAAACUCUUAUCAUCUUAUCAUAUAUUGACAGGGCUCCAUGUAGCAGGUUGUAAUGUGCACAGCGCUACGCUUGCAGCAGGUGUGCACUCUGACUUUUU